AUGAUCCAAGUAGCCACUAGUAAAAGCCAAAUGCGCGUUAGAGUUGGUAACGAGUUGACGGCUGCUUUCACGGUGAGUACCGGUCUGAAGCAAGGCGAUGCCCUGUCCCCUAUGCUUUUCAAUUUGGUUCUGGAACAUGUUGUUCGAAAACUACUCACGCUUGACAUUGGAGUCGAACUGAAUGGAAGGCAUAGACUGAUAGGGUACGCGGAUGAUCUAGCCUUGCUAGGGGAAAACCGUGAAGAGGUAGAAAUAUCGGCAAGUGUCUUGGAGCAAGAAGCAGCAAAAGUGGGUCUCAGAAUCAACCAUGAUAAAUCGGAAUACCUCCACAUGAAGCGGUACAGGGACAGUCGCACCCAAAGACAGAACCUACUUGUGGGUGAAAACACUUACAAAGGAGUGUCUAAGUUUAAAUACCUUGGGUGCACUGUUACUCACACACAUACAAGGGAGGACGAAACCAACAUCCGAACUCAAAACGCCUUACGCUGCAGUGCUGCGCUCCAUAAGGUUUUGGUGUCCAAGCUUCUCAGUAGACAUACUAAGCUACGGAUCUACAAGACCGUGAUCCGCCCCAUUCUGAUGUAUGGGUGUGAGGCUUGGACACUAACACUCAAGGAGGAGAACAGCCUUUUAGUCACAGAACGUAAGGUGUUAAGGAAGAUUCUGGGACCCGUUAAAAGAGACGAUGGCAGUUGGACGAUCCGAAAGAAUGCCGAGAUAGAACAUCUGAUAGCCGAGCCGAACAUAAUAGAACUUACAAAAGACUUUGAGUUGCCCAGACCCAUAGUGCAUACUCCAGUAGGGAGCUAUCGGGGGCUUCGGGCCCAAGACGGGAAUUACUCUAUGUUCCUCGGUAUUCCGUAUGCGAUAGUGGACCCGGACAACGUAUUUGGUCAUCCUAUUCCACACAAAUUUAAAGGGAUAUAUGAAGCAGUCGACGAUACUUCAAGGUGUCCGCAGCUUGAAGAGUAUAACCACACAAUCUCUGGGACACUGAACUGUCUUCACGUCAACAUUUACGUACCGAACAGCGCUACUAUUGAUAAUCCCUUGCCUGUUAUAAACUACAUAUUUGGGGGAAAUUUUGCAUUUGGAAAAGCAGGCAGAUACGUGUAUGGACCACGAUUCUUAGUAAGGCAUGACGUUAUUCUCAUUACGUUCAACUAUCGCGUUGGCCCAUACGGAUUUUUUUGUCUAAAUACUUCUAAAGUACCAGGAAAUCAGGGUUUGAAAGAUCAAGUACAAGCACUGCGGUGGAUUAAAGAAAAUAUACGAUAUUUUGGCGGAGAUAACUCCAAAAUCAGUGUAGUGGGACACAGUUCAGGUUCAGUGACGUUAGAUUAUCAUCAGUACUUUCUACAGGAACAGCUUUAUAAUAGAGUGAUUUUGCAAAGUGGUGUUGCAUUAUCUCAUGAUCUUAAUGAAGAUUUUUAUCCUGAUCGAGACGCUCCUAUAAAAUUAGCAAAACAAUUAAAUUAUUCAACACAUGAUAUUAAUGAUGCUUUAUCGUUUCUAAACAAAGUGGAGCCACAUGAUCUUAUUGCUUUAACAAGGGAUUCUGGUCUAACUUUUAGACCAUGUGUUGAAAAGCAGUUUGCGGAUGCUGAUAACUAUAUAACGAAAUACCCAGCUGAUUUGAACUCAGUCUCUCGUAGAGAUGUCGAUGUCUUGAUUGGUAUUACUAACGACGAAAGCUAUCCGCUUAUAACUAGGUACAUAGAAAAUGGUAAUUUUGUAUGUGAAGACUUCGUGUCUUUGAUUUUAGAUACUCAUUUUGAAUUUAAUAAUGAAAGUAAACUUUCAAACGAAAUGAAUAAGAUUGUCCGGUUAUUUUAUUAUGGUGAUGACGUUCAGUGUGCAGAAAACAAGAGACCGGAAAUGAAUGUCCAUGCUGAUUUUACAUUACACAGUCCGGUACUAAGAACUGUUAGAAAAUAUUUGGAGAGUGGCGUGGACAAUACCUACUUCUACAUAUUUUCAUUUGCUGGUGAAAGGAAUUAUUUCAAGGAUAAAAUGAAUCUACCAUUUACAAUAGAUGGUGCUUUUCACGGAGAUGAGUUGGGAUAUCUAUUUGACAUAUCCUACAUGAAAGAGCGUUUGCGUGAUGAAGAUAUGCUAAUUGUAGACAGAAUGACCGAACUUUGGACUAAUUUUGUAAAAUAUGGUAAUCCAACACCGAAACCGUCAAAGUUGAUUCCUCUUCAAUGGCCACGCGUAACCCAGGACAAACUGCCAUAUUUGGAGAUAAAUACUGAACUACGCCUAGGCUCAAGACCGAUGCAUGAGCGGAUGAGCUUUCUGGACCUUCUGUACAAGGACAUUGGACAUUACCAAAGGUGGUCCAGCAAGGACUGA